AGCCGAAUCAAUCUCAUCUUAGGUAGCCGAGCUCAAUCCUGCUGGGGUCAUGACCCAUCCAUCAUCUCAAAGCUGCCCUGGUCACGGCGAAUAUACUCUAGUAUUAAGGAGCGCUUCUUGGUGCAUAGCGCAAUCGUCAGGGCAAUGAACCGUAUCACAAGCGGCAUGACAGCAGCGUCUUGGCUGGGCGACAUGGCCUUAUCCGUGACUUUUCUACCUGGUACCCUUACCACGAACGCCGUUCUACUCGGAUGUGAUUUUAGGAAGGCCGACAUGUACGACAGCUGUGUGACCUUGGCUGAUAUCAUUACCUCUCGACUAAGAUAUUCUGAUACUCAGGUAUUCCAUCCAAUGAUGAUACCAACAAUCUUCGCCGAUGCCGAACGAGACAGGCAAAUUGAGCUCGUUAGAGAGAAGCUUCAGCAGUUAGGAAGGCGGAUUGACGAUAUAACGUGCACUAAACUCUGUGCAAAGACCGCAUCAACCUUUCAUGAUCCAACACGGAGCGAAAAGAGCGAAAUUCCCACUGCUAAGCUUUGGCAGCAAGUAAGCCACCCAAGAACUGGACUCAGCAACUGGCGAAGGCAGCUGCUCAAAAUGAUAACGCACGUCGAAGAUCUCAACCGUGUCGAGUUUGCAGCCCAGGGCCCUUCCUUGGAGUACACGAAGAUCCAGCGCCGGCAAUUUUCUCAACCCGGAGAGAGAAUCAGGGACAGGCUCCAAGAGCUUGUUGACGAAUAUGACGAGUACAUCAGAGAAUGUUCACAUAUCAUGGAAGGCUUCAGCCUGGCGACCCAGCUUGAGAUAAGCCAGAUCAGCCGCAGCGAUGCCAAAACAAAUCAAGAGAUCUCGCGGGCCAAUCUGGAUGUCGCUCAAAUGACGCGUCGUGAUGGAAGUAUCAUGAAGUCAAUCGCUGUGCUUGGCAUGAUCUUUCUUCCUGCUUCAUUCGCAACAGCAUUCUUUUCCACGGGAUUCUUUGAUGUUUCAAAACAAGGCGAAAGGACAGCAGUCUCAAGCCUCCUCUGGAUCUACGUACUUGCUGCAUUGACCUUGACACUGGGCACCAUGGGCACCUUCUAUGUCUGCAUCUUGAAGGGAAAGAAGACUGAGGUCACAUACAACAGAACUCUGUCAGCUUAG